AUGGAUGGUUUUGGCGUAGAGGGUUCUGUACAAGUCGACAAUAAUGUUCCAAUUUUUGACGCAAAAGCGAAAGGGGAUGUGGACACUCGUGCGAGCAAAGGGCGAAAAAUUCGUUAUUUAAAAUUACCGAAGGCCGUUGAUUUCAUGUUUCCGGAAGUCGUAUCCUAUUUUUCUGAUGCUCAUCGCUCAAAUAUUCUCGAGCAAAUGAAAACAACUUGUUGGGAGCAUGCCCACAGCAACGUAUAA